AUGAGCCUUCCCGAAAUUUUUAGCACAAUCUACGAGAUCUCCGUAUGUGCAGUUGAAGGACUUAUGUACCUUUAUGUAGUACUGUCAAUUCCAUGCCACGUGGCACUGUUCCCGUUUUAUUGUUUUGCCUAUUUUACGAAUAGUUUGCGGGAAAAUAACUCCCCGACUGCACCGAUAAUUGUCCAUUUUCACCGGCUUAUUUGUGUAAUGCUUGUCAUUUUAUUGCUCUGCUUAUUUGAGAUGUUCUACGGGUUCAAAAUCAUGAACAUGUUGGAAUUGGAUUUGUUCGACGUUUUAUAUCACUACUACUUCAUAUCCUGCGUCAUUUUCCCAGUUUUCAACAUUUUGCUCACCUUACUUGCAGUACAGCGGUUUUUUAUUUAUUAUUCGGAUAGAUUCGGCAAAAAAUGGAUUUUAAAUCAAAAAAAUUGGUCCUGGAUCAUAAUUCUGCUAUAUCUCGGAUUUUUCGCUGCAAACCUUGGCGUUGGAAUUUUAGAAACGGAUUUUCGAUUUUCCUAUUCAAAUUUGCCAUUUUUGGGUAAUGGUUCUUGGGAUUUUGGGAAUGAAAGCUAUCUGGAGCCUGGAUAUAAUUUUCCGUUUUCUUUUGAUAGUUUAUAUAUGACAAUAUAUUACUAUUUGGAAGUUAUUGCUACGUUAUCUGCAUUUUUAUAUGUUCCAAUUUUUAUAAGUCUUCGGAAAAAAUCGAAUAUAGCGUCAGUGGUGGAAAAUCAGACGGAUAGGCUUAUUAUGUACCAGGCAAUCACAAUUUGUGUUUCGAAGUUUGUAACCUUCCCGUUUAUUGUAUUUAACGGGGUAAUGAUCAUCGAUCAGGGAUAUUAUGGAUUUUUGAAGCUGGCCUGCAUAAUGCUCAGUGUGAUAAAUUUUGCGACAACCCCGCUUUUAAUUCAAAUUUCUUAUAUUUAUUGUAACAAGCGGAAUGUGAAAAUCAUGCAGUCACUGCUCACAUUCAAAUGGUUCCUUUUUGGAAUUAUCAGAGCUUUGAAGCGAAAAUUGCGGAUUGAGAGGGACUAUAAUAAUGUUGUUGCACCAUUAUGA